AACAGGCGUCACUGUCUGACUCAUGCUUAUGCGUUUUAUUUCUCACGCAUGCGCAUUGCGCAAGAGAGGACAAACAGUCAUGGCGGCGGCGGAGAAGCCCACGAAAGGGAAGCUUUUAGCCGCUCUGGAUGAUAUUGAAGUUUUAUCCAGAGAGCUGAUAGAGAUGCUGGCGCUGUCCAGGACACAGAAACUGCCCCAGCCUGGGGAGGACACAGAGAUACUGGAGCUGUUGGUGCAGAGAGAUAAAGAGUUCCAGGAGCUCAUGCAGACGGCAGUGGAGCAGGGCAAAGUGCACCAGGAGAUGCAGGCACUGGAGAAGGAAGUCGAGAAGAGAGACAGCGAUAUCCAGCAACUCCAGAAACAACUCAAAGAGGCUGAGCAUAUACUGGCCACUGCUGUCUACCAAGCCAAAGAAAAACUGAAGUAUAUUGAAAAGGCCAGAAAAGGGAGUAUCUCUUCAGAGGAGCUCAUCAAAUACGCUCACAGGAUCAGUGCCAGUAAUGCGGUGUGUGCUCCUCUCAACUGGGUUCCAGGCGACCCCCGCAGGCCGUACCCCACUGAUCUGGAGAUGCGCAGUGGAAUACUGGGUAACAUGAGCAACAUGCCCACCAACGGAGUGAACGGGCAUCUGCCAGGAGACGCAUUGGCUGCUGGGAGAUUACCAGAUAUUCUAACCCCCCAAUAUCCUUGGCAGUCCGCUGAUGUUUCCAUGGGGAUUCUGCCUCCUCACCAUGGCAGCGAUUUUGGUUUGGAGCCACCUGGUCAUAACAAGGAAAAUGAAGAUGAUGUUGAGGCCAUGUCAACAGAUUCCUCCAGCAGCAGCAGUGACUCAGACUGAGCGUGUGUGUGUGUGUGUGUGUGUGUCCACAGUAACUUGAGUUUGUCCACCUGGAACAGCCUAAAAGUGUGUUGUCUGCAUCUUGUUUCUGUGAUUGUGGACUUCCAGAUGACAACAUAUUCUGCUUUCAGGAGGACCAAACCUACACGGGUCCUCUUUUCAGCAAAGCCUCAUUUGGCUGGAUAUGUUUUACAAAUAUGCUUGGUUUUUUCAUUCUCCAGAUGCCUUCAGUCAUCAUUUGUUUGUUUAAUUUUAUCCCACUGGCCUCAAAUGUCACCAAUGCAUUAUUUUCAUUGUGUACAGAGUGACAGGCUCAUUUGCAUUUAUUUGUUAUCUAGUGAAGUGUUACAGUUUCUGGUUUACAGUUGGAAUAUAAAUAGCAAUGUAAAUACCUCUGAACUUUCAGACUCUGUAAAUAAAACUUUUUUUUUUU